AUGUCUCCCUCCAAGAUCGAAGUGGACGAUACUGUGCCUCAACUACGAAAUGUCCUUACUAACGAGUCCGCGAACUUAGCAGCGCGUUUCCGGGCCCUCUUUUCUCUCAAGCAUCUCGCCGCACUCGAGCCAGCGACGGAACAGACGGUUCCUGCGAUUGAAGCGAUAGCUGCUGCGCUCACAUCACCGUCUGCACUGUUGAAGCAUGAGUUGGCAUACUGCCUUGGCCAAAGUGGAAAGGAAGAGGCGAUUCCAUUCCUGAGGGCCGUCAUCGAGGACAGGCAGGAGGAUGCUAUGGUGAGACACGAAGCGGCGGAGGCUAUCGGUGCGCUAGGAGAUCAAGGCAGCCUUGCACUGCUGAGAGAGAGGAUGGAUGACAAGAGCGAGGUCGACGUGGUGAAAGAGACUUGUGAGAUCGCGAUUGAGAGGAUAGAAUGGGAGCACUCGAGUGCGAGGAAAGAGGAGAAGUUGAAGCAGAGCGACUUCGUGUCCAUCGAUCCUGCCCCUCCCAUGGCCCAAGCCGCGGACAAGCCAUCGAUCCCUGAGCUCGAAAGAACACUCCUCGACACUGCCCUUCCACUCUUCAAGCGGUAUCGAGCCAUGUUCGCACUGCGCGACUUGGCCUCACCACCUGAUCUGCCCACCGCCGUACCUGCAGUCCAUGCGCUUGCCGCUGGCUUCAAAGAUCCAUCUGCCCUGUUCCGCCAUGAGAUUGCGUUCGUCUUCGGGCAGCUCGGCCACCCUGCAUCGAUACCAAGCUUGACAGAGUGCCUUAGCGAUACGAAGGAGGCGAGCAUGGUUCGACAUGAGGCUGCCGAAGCGCUUGGCAGUCUCGGAGAUGAGGAGGGUGUCGAUGAUACCCUGAAAACGUUCUUGAAUGAUCCGGACCAGGUGGUAAGGGACAGCAUUAUCGUCGCGCUCGACAUGGCCGAGUUCGAGAAGUCGGGCGAGGCCGAGUACGCCACAGUGCCAGUUCCAGCUGCUGCAUAA